AUGCGCAUCAAGCGCAUGUCCUCGGCCGUUGAGAGCCAGGCCGACAUCGUUCGCAUGCAAAAGGAUGAGGUGCGCUACAAGGAAGUCUUGGAGCUGCUCAAUGCCAUGCAAAUAAGCAAGAGGGACACUGCCCACCGGCUUCGGUACAGCAACAUCCCGUUUGCUGCCAACCCCAAGUUCAGCGGACGCGAGGGUAUCCUUGAACGCGUGCACCAAGCCUUAAGCCCCGAGACCACCUCCCCGUCACUCAAGUCUAUCGCGCUCUUCGGCAUGGGCGGGGUCGGCAAGACCCAGAUUGCGGUUCAAUAUGCACACCGGAAUAUCGACAAGUUCGAUGCCAUUUUGUGGGUUGCAGCCGACAACACGAUUUCCAUCGGCCAGAGCUUCCGUGAGAUUGCCGAGGGACUCGGGCUGCUCCAAAGCGAGGAAGAGACCAAGGAUGCUGCCGCAGCCCUGCUGAUGGUGAGAAACUGGCUCAGCUCCUCGAGGACAAACUGCCUGAUGAUAUUCGACAACGCAGACGAUGUGACAGUUCUGAAAGCGGCGUGGCCCGGAACUAUCUGCGGCUCAGUGUUGUUAACCACACGCGAUCUUGCAGUAGCGACCUCCCUGGCAGCUCAGCACGUGCAGGUUGAUGCGCUCAGCGAGGAUGAUGGCAGCAAGCUGCUUCUCAAGGCCAUUGACGUGGAUCAUGCCUCGCCGGCUGAUGCUGAACACGCUCGUGCCAUCAGCCGGACUUUGGGCGGAUUGCCAUUGGCACUGGCUCAGAUCGGCGGAUUCGUCACUCUGCGGAAACUGUCAUUACACGAGGUGCUGCCUCUGUACGAGCGCUAUUCCACCAGAAUCCAUGCCCGCAAGGCACCCGGAAGCGACUACCAGCACACGCUGAGCACAGUGUGGGAUGUUUCUUUCGACAAGUUGACCGAGACCUCGACGACCCUUCUCCGCCUGCUGUCUUUCUUCGACCCCGACGGCAUCUCCGAAGACAUUCUCCUGCAGGGCUCUGACGGGCUCGAUGAGAAGUUCGCUUUCUUGUCUGACGAAUUGGACCUGGGCGACGCUUGUGAGGAGCUCAUGCGAGCAGCCCUCCUCAACCGAACUGGAUCAUCUCCCAUGCUCACCAUCCAUCGCCUGGUGCAGGAUGCCGCCAGAACGAAGCUGAGCGAGAAGGAACGUACGACGUAUUUUGAUGCAGUGGUCCACAUGCUCUGCUGGGGGUUUCCAGACCACUCAAGCAGCGACAUUGGUCACCAAAUAGCAUCUUGGUCGCGAUGCGAAAAGUGCCUCCCUCAUGUAAACCAUAUUGCCGAACUCGCCAUACGGCAUAAGUACCGAGCAGGGGAUAAGCAGAAGUAUGCAGACCUCCUGCUCAGGUGCAGUUGGUACCUGUACGAACGCGAGAUGUAUUUCAUUGCCAGGAAAAUGGUUACUCAGGCGAUCUCCACGUUCGAGGACACCACCACCCUGGCCUACGCAAGCGCCCUCGAUCUCGGCGGCCUCAUCGACCUGGACCUUGCCCGUCCCGGCGACGCCCUCGAACCAUUCAAGCGUGCCCUCGAGAUACGCAAAACCUGCCUCGGACCCGAGGAUCCCUUCAUCGCCUACAGCCUCAACAACAUCGCGCUCGCCUACACCGAAAUGAACCAACUGGACCUGGCCUACACAGCCCACCUAGAAGCAAUCCGCCUCCGCCUGCAGGCCCGCAGCGACCGCAUCGGCAACUCGUACAGCAACAUGGCCAGCCUGCUGCUGCGCAUGGGCCGCGCCGACGAGGCCGAGGCCAUGCUGGCUCGCUGCCCCUCUCUCAAGGACUUCACCGACGAGACCUUUCUCGCGACGGGCAACCCGCGCUUCUCGGGCGACAUGGUCCUGCUGUCGCGCAUCCGCCGCGCACAGGGCCGGCGCGAGGACGCGCUGCGGCUGGCGUCCAAGGCGCUGGCCUUCCGGAGAUCCCUGCUAGGCAACCGGCUCAAGACGUGCGAUUCGCUGUUUGAUGUCGCGUGUUUGUUGUUGGAGGAGGGACAUGAGGGAUCGGCGGUGCUGCUUCUCAAAGAAAUAAUUGGCAUCGCUGGGACGUUGGCCGAGGGUGGGGGCCAGCAAGCGCGAGCGCUGUAUAAGCUGUCGCAGAUACAGGCAGAGAGGGGCUCACUUGCGGAGAGUGAGGCAUGCAAGAAGGAGGCAAUUGAGUUGUUGGCCAAGUUGAGGCCGGAACUCAAUGACGCGCCAUUUGAAGAGGCGACUUUCUCGGAGCUGUGUCUGUGGAUGUUGUGGUGA